AUGUCUUUUGUCGCUACUCCAUCCAGGCAUCUUUACACCCAUCCUAAGAGCUUGAAGUUUAGCUCGGAAAAUCUGGAAACGUAUGUCCUAAAAGAUGGUAUCAAAGUCGUAGAGAGAUCCUUCUCUGUUCCACUGGAUUACUCAAAUCCAGAUGGAGAGAAGAUCCGCGUCCAUGCAAGGAAUAUGGUUCCACUGAAGAAGGCAGAUACACCAAAGAAGGAAGCUGAACUGCCUUUUAUGGUGUACUUACAAGGUGGUCCGGGAUUCGAAGUAACCACGAGUUUUGCUCGUCAUCUUGCGGAAGAGAUACAUGAAAGAGGUUAUCAGACUCUGUGGCUCGAUCAACGGGGUACGGGUUUAAGCACGCCUAUCUCCGCAGAGCUUUUAGAACACAAGUCGGAUGAAGAGAAGGCGGACUAUCUGAAGCAUUUCCGUGCAGACAACAUCGUUCGGGAUUGCGAAUUCAUUCGUGGUGCUCUCCUCUCCCACAAGAAAAACGAGGCGGAAAAAAAGUGGACACUGCUUGGACAAAGCUAUGGCGGAUUCAUUGCUCUCAAUUACUUAUCAUUCUUUCCCGACGGGUUGAAGGAGGUGUUCCUUACUGGUGGGCUCGCACCGAUUGUGGACCAUCCUGACCCGGUGUAUGAAAAGACAAUCUCUAGAGUAGCUCAGCGAAACAAAAUCUAUUACGAGAAAUAUCCUCAGGACAUCAUGCGAGUUCGGAAUAUUCUGAGCUAUUUGGAAUCGAAUGAAGUAACCCUCCCGAAUGGUGGACGACUUUCCGUCAAUCGUUGGUUGCAACUUGGCAUUAAAUUCGGAAUGGAAAAUGGGAUUGACGAAGUGCAUGAACUCGUCCUUCGCGCAACGAAUGAUCUUGAACUCUUUGGCAAGUUAUCGUAUAAGCUAUUACAAUCUGUGCAGAACGAGUCUGCAUAUGAUGGAAACCCAAUAUAUGCCAUUAUUCACGAGGCAUGUUACUGUCAAGGCCGUGCCUCGAAGUGGAGUGCGAAUUGGAUUAUCGAGAGCGAUCGCAGAUUCUCAUGGCAUCAUGUCAAAACACAGGCGGAGACUGUACCAGUAUACUAUUUCGGAGAGAUGAUAUUCCCAGACAUGUUUGAUGACUACGCAGCACUCAAACCUCUUAAGAACGCCGCCAACAUUCUCGCCAGUUAUGAAGACUGGGGACGUCUUUACGAUGAGGAACAACUGGCAAAGAAUGAAGUUAAAGUCACUGCUGCUUCGUACUUUGAUGAUAUGUAUGUCGACUUCGAUCUUGCUCAGGAAACGGUCGCGAAGGUCCGUGGGGCUGAGCAGUUCAUCACGAACCAAAUGUUCCAUGACGGGCUCCGGAAGCAUACGAAAGAAGUCCUGGGGAAGUUAUUUGAGAUCUCGCGAAGGGAGUUCAAUUAAAGUAGCUCCCAGUCUCGAGUCAAUAUGUACUUCUU